GAAUCGAAUUGAAUUGAAUUCAGAGAGGUACACACUCACUCUCUACCUCUCUCCGUGUCUCUCUCUCGCGCGCACACACAUAAACAAAACAUUCACACAGCACACAUCGCAAGUCAAAACGAAAUCAACAUAUGCAAAACCAACAAUUCGACGAAGUUUUUCUAUUCGGCCUUUCAUACAAUUUUGUUUUCGUUCAUUUUUAUUCGUAGUUGCGAUGAAAUUGUUUUUUCUUUUUGUUGAAUUUGUUACAAAAUCAUUUCACUCGAAAUUUGUACUAGGUUUUUUGAAAUUUAAAUAGAUAUUGAAUAUUAGUUGUUUUGCUUUUUUGUGUUUUUAAUUAUUUUUUUGUUGUUGUUGGUUUGAUUGCGACGAGAGAUACACAGAAAAAGACGGGGAUCCUCGGAAUUGGAAACAACUUUUUUUUUUCUCGGUGGUCAUCGCGCACAAGGACAACACAGUUUUUCGUUUGUUUUUGUUUCGGACUUUGUGUUUUCGGUUCGGCGGAAAAUCUCGCAUUGCAUUCGGUUUUGAUUUUGCAUCGAUUAUUUCAUUCUUUCCGUAUAGUAAAUGCACGAAUUAAUUUUUCACCUCGUCCACUUAGGUAGUUUUUACGAUAAAUAGAACGGACAUAAAUGUGUUCAUUUUUGUGUGAUAUCAAAGCGAAAGAAGAAGAAAUUGAAAUGUUUGUGACCAACAAUAAAGAAAAAUUGCAAUGAAAUUACACAAAGUGUCGAAAUCGAUUCGAACCAAGUGAAUGAACUCGAAAAAUUAUGACACAAUAAAGAAAGACUCAGAUGUACUAUACCAAUAACAACAAUAAUGAAUACGAAUUGAGUUUCCUUUAAAAAAAAUUUCUCUUUGGUUUUUCGUAACUUGUGAUGGCGACGCGCAAUUAUAGGCGAAAAAACAAACAAACAAAAUACAAAGUGAACAACAAAAACAAAAUCGACGAAUAAAUCGGCACAUGCAUUUUAAUAGGCUAUACGUUGGUUCAUCGAAUGUGUUGCAAUUGAUUUGAUUUCAUGUGUGCGUGUCUAUUUUUUUUUUCUCAACAUAUUCAAUGGGAACAAAAGGAAACUGACAUAAUAAUAAUAAAAUUAAAAACGAGCGAUAGACGACGACGACGAAGACGACAGCAACAACAACGACAUACUGAGUCACUGUGAGUGAACAACACAGCGAGAGGGGACAACGCGUGAUAAAUAUACAAAAUUGCAUCUUGUUCAGGAACUGAGUCGAAUCUAUGACUUCGGAACAAAAUAAUAAAUCAGACGGCGAAACUUCAAGAUCAUCUGAAGGAUCGUCGUCACAAGAGCAAAUUGUAUCUGAAUCAUCGAAUCCAGAGCAGCCAGAUGCUAGUGAAUGCUUUCCAUUGGAAAAAGUGAACAGUGACGAUAAUUGUAGUAACAAAGAUAAAAUCAAUACAAACAACAAUAACACUAUUGAACAAGGUCAAAACGUGAAUACAACCAAAACAGCUGAUCAAGUCACAAAGUGCGAUUCGAGCGCGUCCAGUUCGACCGUUGAACGUCAGUCGGCGGCUGUGAAUGAAAUUGACGAUAUGAAACGUGCACAUGCCAAACAAUUGAUCGAACGAUAUUUUUACCAGCUGUCAUCGGGAUGCGGCAAUCCACAUUGUUUGAAUAAAAAUUGCGCAUCAAGUGGCCAAUUUGCAAAGCUGACGCCAAAUCAAGCAGCCGCUCGUGCCAUACAACUUUUUUCGGAAGAUGCAAAAUUCUGUGAUUUUCCCGCAAAUAAAACCGCUCGCAUCUCAGAUGAAACUGACUCAGCCACACAAUCCAGCAUUGCCAAUGCAGAAACCAUCGGGUGUAUUAAUGAAGAUAACUACAGUGAAUCGACCGUUCAGAAGGAGAAUCAGGAUAAUAUCAGUGUCAAUCUAUUGAAUUCAUCAGUGGAAAUACCAAAUAGUGUAUCGUGCAAUCAAUCACAGCCGCUUUUGUCGUCGUCAAAUGCAUCAACAGCUACAACAACGAAAAUGAAUCGUCGUACCCAAUUAGCCCUUGAAACGCUUCCAUACAUGGAUGAGCAAGUGCUCAACCAAUUGAUUGACUACUGUAAAAAAAAUAACACGUUUGCGCCACUGAUUCGAAAUUUGGGCCGAUACUUUUCGUCGCGCGAAUAUUUGGUUCAAAGUUUUCAAAAACGACAUACAUCCGCUUGUCAACAUAUCAGUAAAUUGAUACCGAAAGCCACGGCUCGAAAUCUAAAACAUCAAACAAAAGAAGAGUUUCGAGCGCUCGAAGGUGAUUUGGACAAAGAUAAGGAUGAGAGCGGUGUCACAUCAGAAGAUGAUGAAUUGUCUAGUGGUAAUGGAAAAAAUGAUACAACACGGCUUCACAACACCAGUGUUGAUUUGAAAAGUUUGCGUCGCUCCAUGACCCAUUUGCUCGAAACAAAGGCUAGCGCAUUCGAUUCCCUUAAUAAUGCUCUGCAAAGUUUGGCGCUCAGUAUAAGCGUUGAUUUGCGAAUGUUGACCCAACGCGAGAAGAUUGAAGAAAUUAUUACCGUUUUUGUGAUCAUUUUUGAAAUUAUCAUCAUUGGCAAAUCAGAUUUUGUCGAUGUAGCGUUGCCAACGGUUUGCAAGGCAGCUUCUUAUUUACCAAUUUGGGCACAAGCGCGACUCGCUUGCAUUUGGGCACAUCAUUGCAAAGACGGACUUCGAAAGCUUCUCGAAACGAUUCAACAACUAAUAAGCUUGCAAGUCAUCACCGGUACUUAUCAUGAGAACAGAUUCAUUCAAGACAACGAACACAUCAUUAACGCCACAAAACUCAUGAAGAUUGUCUACUACGCAAGUAUAUUAGCGGGUAAAUUAGAUUCGUCAAAGCUUCGUGAAGAAGAUGCUGAUUCGGAAUCGAUGCUUGAAGAUGAUUCGUUGCUAAUUUAUUCCGGAUCGAAGAAGUCGUCGAGUGCCGAUUUUACGGAUGCAUUGGCUGAAGAGCUGCAAGUGAACGUGCUCGAUUGUCGAAAACCGUAUAUUCCAUUCGAAGAAUUCUACAACGAGCCUCUAAGCGACGCAAUCGAAAUGGACAACGACUAUUUAUAUUAUAAGAAUCGUCAAGGUGAUAAAAGAUUCUCGUUUAUGUUAUACUCAUUUAUUUUAACGCCAGCUACAAAGACGCUGGGUUUGUACUAUGACUGCCGUAUUCGAAUGUACAAUGAGCGACGUUUCAAUAGUUUUCAUACUCAAUUGGCGGGUCAACCCUCGAAUCCAUAUCUUAAGUUGAAAGUGCGACGUGAUCAUAUUAUUGAUGAUGCGCUGGUCGAAUUGGAAAUUGUUGCUAUGGGCAAUCCAAAAGAUUUGAAAAAGCAGCUUGUCGUUGAGUUUGUGGGCGAACAGGGAAUUGAUGAGGGUGGCGUUUCAAAAGAAUUCUUCCAAAUGAUUGUGGAAGAGAUUUUCAAUCCAGACUACGGGAUGUUCAUACAGCAAGAGACACGAACCGUUUGGUUCAAUUCAACGUCCUUCGAAAAUGAAGCACAAUUCACACUGAUUGGCAUCGUGCUUGGUCUAGCCAUCUACAACAACAUAAUUUUAGCGGUUAAUUUUCCAAUGGUUGUCUAUCGAAAGCUCAUGGGCAUCAAAGGAUCGUUUACUGAUUUGGCCGAUUGGAAUCCCGUGUUAUACAAAAGUCUGCAAGAUAUUUUAGACUACGAUGGCGAUGAUAUUGAAGACGUUUUUAUGCAAACAUUUCAAAUAAGCUAUCAAGACGUUUUUGGUAAUAUUGUGAUGCAUGACCUCAAAGAAAAUGGUGAUACAAUCUACGUUAAUCAAACCAACAAACAGGAAUUUGUUGAUUUGUACACCGAUUAUUUGCUAAAUACAAGUAUCGAAAAGAAAUUCCGUGCUUUCCGACGUGGAUUCCAAAUGGUGACAGACGAAUCACCGCUUCAUUUGCUAUUCAGACCAGAAGAGGUCGAAUUGUUGGUGUGUGGUAGCAAAGAAUUCGACUUCAAUGAAUUGGAGAAGGCAACCGAAUAUGAAGGUGGUUACACGGAAAAAUCCCAGAUUAUCAUUGACUUUUGGGAUAUUGUUCACGGCCUUUCACUGGAAUCGAAGAAAAAAUUACUAGAAUUUACAACUGGGUCAGACAGAGUGCCAGUGGGUGGAAUGUCACGGCUAAAACUCGUAAUAGCUCGAAAUGGUUCGGACAGCGAAAACACCGAUCGAUUACCAACCAGUCAUACGUGUUACAACGUGCUCUUGCUACCCGAAUACAAAACAAGGGAGAAACUCGAAGAACGACUACUAAAAGCCAUAAAUUACUCCAAAGGUUUUGGAAUGAUUUAAAGCCAUAAAAUGAAUAGCCAAAUCUUACUUGCGAUAAGCUAUAACUAUGAAAAAAAAAUCGAAUCCAAAAAGAAGAAACAUGUAUUUAGAUUUUAAGUGAAUGAUUUAAUAUGGACUUGAUAAAUAAAUAAAUAUAUGAACGAAGGCCACUAAAUGAUUUAAUGAAUCAGACAGGAGCCUAUACGGUCAUUUCUAGAUGGGUUUUAGAAGAGAAAAAAAAAACACAUACAGAACAGACACAAAAACAAGUUUUUAUUUUUAAAAAAAUGUUCAGCUUUGUUUUCUUUAUAAAAUUUUCAUAAUAAACAGAAUUUUAAAAAGUCUGA